AGAGCAGGCAGCCGGGGCCCUACGGAGCGCACCCGCAGCAGCGGAGAGCGCAACACCACCGCUGCAGCUCCGGUGAAGGAGAGCAACUUGUCAUCCUCGGUUCUCCCAGCCCGCUGCAGUGAGAAGACCAUGGCCGCAGAAGAGGCGUGGAUAUGCUCCAUCUGCCGCGAGGCGCGAGGGGACAUCGCGUACGCGAUUCCUUGCAAGCACGUGUUCUGCCUCGGCUGCAUCCAGCGCUGGGCAAGGCUGAGAGACAGCUGCCCGCUAUGCAGAACGGCCAUGGAGACCAUCCGGGUCUCUGUGCGGGGAGACAACGAGUACGUGGAGUGCAUCGUCUCCCCGCCCGCGGUGCCCGUGCCCGUCGGCUUCGGCCCCACCACCGGCCCCAGCGGCACUGCGGCAUCUGCUCCACCCUCUGCGCCGCCGUCCCCUGAGCCGAUGGCCGCAGAGCAGGAGAGAGUGGGCGGCCUCCUGCCAGAGGUCUGGGCAGCGCUUUUCCGGGAGAGGCGUGACAUCCUUGACCCGGUGCUGCCCUGGCUGGAGCAGGAGCUACGCCGCAACGGGGAGCUACGCUGGUGGAAAAUCAGCUGGCUGAAGAGCAUGGUCCUGGCGUUCCUGUGCCAGGACGGGGCCGUCCUAGCGCAGUGCGCAGAGCACGCCCUGGGGCCCAUCACCGUGCCGAUCAUCGACGCUCUCGUUGCCACCAUCGAGAGCCGGUGCAGCCAGGAGGCCCGGAGGCUGCUGGGCCUCGAAGACGCCAGCGGCUCCCAGGAGCAGGAGGGCGGCCCCGCGGCCCCGUCCGGUCCCGCCGCCUCCCCGCAGGGGACCGUCGCCCCCAGCGCCACACCAUCCGGCAGCUCCGCGGGUCCCGACGUGGAGGAGCUCCCCGGCACGUCCAGCGGGGCCCUCGGAGGGGGUCCUGGAGAGCCGGGUCCCGACGCAGUCGGUCCCGCUGACCAGCGUCGCAGCCGCGGCUCCUCCGCUCGCAGCCGGGGAAGGAAGCGCUCGGCUGCGGGGCCCCCCCGCCCCACCAAGAGGAGGGCCGGCAGUGCCCAGCGCACUCCCCCGCCCUGCAAGAGGCGGCCACCCCGGCGCCUCUAG